CACAUUGGGAAAAUGAACAACCCUGACUCACCAGGUUAAACAUGUUAUGUGCUGCUGUAAACAACUUUCUGUCAAACGUAUGUGUAGCCUCGCAUUAUAAACAGUUGAUAAGCUCGUGUUGAAUGUAAGUAUGAGCCCAGCAAUAGUGGUGUACGACCUGUCACUCAUACAGGGCAUCUGGGAGGGCCGAAUAAGGAAACACAAAAAACAACAAAGGAAGGAACGGGAACGGCAGGAGAAAAGUGCAUUAGCAAAGUUGAAUCAAGAAUGGAGUCGCAGGUUAGAACACAGGAAGAGGCUCCGUGAAAAAUCAAAUCAGCUAAACUUGGAGAACGUGGCAACAGAUUUCAAACUUUACCACAGUAGUGAAAAGAAUUUGCUGUCAGAAGGACGCUCCUCCCUGGAUUCAGGAAUUGAGAUUGAUAUUGAUGAAAAAACAUUUAUUUAUGAGCUAAAUGGAGAACAAUGGAAGGAACUCCCUGAUUCAAUCAAAGAAAUGACUUACCUCAGAGAAUGGCACAUAAGCAGAACCAGCAUACAGGAACUUCCUAAGUAUACUGAGUUGUUUCAGGAUCUGAGAGUACUGCAACUAUCCAGAAAUGGCAUCAAGGAGCUCCUGGCAGAGAUAGGUAAACUGAGGAACCUUAAGGAACUGAACCUAAGCUAUAAUAAGCUCUCCAGUAUCCCACCUGAACUUGGAAACUGUGAAAAUCUGGAAAAGCUGGAAUUAACUGAAAACCUGGACCUCUGGGAACUACCAUUCGAGCUUAGUAAUCUGAAACAGCUCCUAUACCUGGACAUAUCAGCAAACAAAUUCAGCAGUAUACCCAUCUGUGUUCUCCGCAUGUCAAGCCUGCAGUGGCUGGAUGUCAGUAACAAUGACCUGAAAGAACUGCCUCAAGAUAUUGACAGGUUGGAAGAAGUACAAUCCUUGUUCCUUCAAAAGAACCCAAUGACGUAUCUUCCUCAAGCUCUGUGUAACCUAACAAAGCUCAGUAUGAUUGUAGUAAGUGGAGAACGCAUGGUUAAAAUGCCAACAGCCAUCUGUAGCAGUCCCAGUAUUAAAUUUAUAAAAUUAUUUGAUAAGCAUCGUGAGGAUGAGACGGAACAAACGGAGUCAAUGAAAGAUCACGGCAGUGAGAAGGAGCUUGAAAAGGAGUUUAUUCAAGCAUACGUUGAGUCACUGAGGGACAGAGAAACAGUCCCCUGCUAUACCACCAAGGUAUCACUGAGUUGUCAACUAUGAUGUCCUGAAAGGAUUGCCUAAAACCACAGAUAGAGGAAUGAAUGGCUUUUGGAAAAAAGAAAGAAGACCCUGCCAUGUUUUUUGUGUAAUUUUUUAUAAUGAUCUGUGUAUAUGAAUUGUCCUUUGGGUAAGGUAUCCAGUACAGUAGGAACUACAAGGACUUUAUUAUAUUUAGUUUUUAAAUUACAUUUUACUUAAAUUAAUUGCUCCUACAACAUGCUGUUGUCAACUUGUAGUAAGCCAAUGGCAAUUCAAUUGAAUUGAACUUCACAAUGUGAUUGUAUUUUUACUGUUAAAGAUUUCGUCUUGACUGCUUUUCCCCUAAUUAUAUGGGGUUUUACUUGCACCACUACCUUAGCAUUUUUAUGUUCAAUUCAAUUCCCAAUACUCCUUCUGUUACUUUUCUCUCCCCAGAGCAGCCUUAUUACUCAAGAAGAAUGACAGCUACCUUCCCUAGCCAUUUAUGAAUUGGGAAUUCAUUGCAUGCCUUGGUUGUGUGUGUGCUUAUUAUUUACUGCACUAAACCAUCUUCAUAUUGUUAUUUUUUUGACGGUCAGAAAUACACAUACUGAAAUAAGCCAUUAUGUACAAUUACAAUGAAACUACUGUAGCACAGCGGUAUCUUGCAAAAAAAUAAAUAAUUCUAAACCUAAACAGGGUACAGGAACCAAGCCCUAGGAUUAUAUUUUAAUGAACUGCAAUAUGGCCCUAUCUUAUGAUAACUUUGUGACUAUAAAGAUGCUGACAUCACUGUUUGUUUUGUUAUUGGCUACAUUGUAAAAGCUGCUAUAAUGACAGCUGCGCCGUAACAAAAAUGCAACCCAAGUUCCAAAACAAGCAACCAACUAAAUCCCAGCAGGUAGUGAAUGUUUUAUGUGCUGCUUUUCUGUCCUCAUAUUGGGGCUAAACAUAAGCACCUUGUUUUGAAGGAAGGAUUCAUUUGUAGUACUUCUUUGUUAUUUUAAGGUGUCAAACACAGAGAUACCACAACAAUAAGGUGGAAGGUGAUUGGAGCAGAUUUCAAAUGUCAAAUAUUGUCAUAUUUAGUUAUUUAAAUCAUCUGUUUUGCCAGUAAACUUGACAAUGUGCUUUAUUUUACCAUCUUUUUUUAUUACAACAUAAUUUACUUCUUUGUUUAGCAUAUGAGCAAUAUCGAGUUGCUAAACUGUCUAUGUUCAUUAACUGUUCCCACAAAUACAACAUUGAACUCUGCAUACACUUUAGUUGCAGCGGUUUAGUUUCAUUUUUGUCACCUUUAUGAUAUUCUUAAUAAACCGCCAAAAUAAUGCCCACACAAAUCACAACUGGACAAAGAAUUCCCAAGAUUACAUAAGUAUAAUUUUAAAUGAAUUGUGUAUUUCAAUGAUUUAAAUUCUAAAGUAGGUUUUCUAGUCAUAAUGAAACCACAGGAGCUUACCUAUGUACAAUUUAAAAUAAUUUUAGAAGAAGCUGCUUUGUAACAGGAACAGUUGAGGUCUUAUCCAAGAAAUUCAUCUUGGAGUUCAGAAAGCUCAAAUAAACAGUGUACUGGUAACUAUAACAACUGUUAAACAGUUGCUUUGGGAAACAGUGUUUCCAGUUAUCUACUAGUCAGUGUCAUGACCCUGGGAAACACAUAUAGAAAUGGUCUGUCAAUAACUGUAAAUUAGUCUGCAGGUAAAUAUUUGCAUAACACACCUUUAGUUCAAUUUUAACAUCCACUCUCUGUUGUGGUAUGAAACACUGCAUUCUUUUCCUAUACUUGUACUGGUAACAUUUUAUUUGAAUGCAAGUUAAAAUGAAACAUACCAGUACUCACUUGGUUAUGUUUUAUAUAUAUUUAAAAUAUUUAUUUAUUGUAUUUCUUGCUCUUAUUGUAUUGUAUUGUAACACCUGAAAUGUAUUUGCUUACGAUUGUAAGUCGCCCUGGAUAAGGGCGUCUGCUAAGAAAUAAAUAAUAAUAAUAAUAAUAAUAAUAAAGAUAUACUAAGAAAUUACAACAGU